CUUGUUCCUCCUGUAAUGUAUUGUUAAACUUUUGAUACUGAAAAAGAAGCGAAUAUCGAAUCACAGAGAGAUAGUUAUGGAGGAAGCAUCUAAGACCAUUGCUCACCAAAUCGGCGGUGUCCAAACCGAUUCACUUCGCUUCGGACUCCCCGGAGUCAAAAGCGACAUCGUUGGUGCUCACCCUCUCGAAUCGUCUCUUCAAUCUGUAAGGGGGAUGGAAGAAGCUAUGAAGAGGCAAUGCAAAGUGAAUUUGUAUGGAUCUGCUUUUCCACUCAGAGAGGAACUUGACAGGCAAAUACUUUCUAGGUUCCAGAGGCCUUCUGGAGUAAUUCCUUCUUCAAUGCUAGGUUUGGAGACUAUUACAGGAAGUCUUGAUCACUUUGGUUUCGAGGAUUUUCUAAAUGACCCUCGUGAAUCAGAGACUGUGCGGCCAUUGGACAUGCAUCAUGGAAUGGAAGUCCGCCUUGGUCUAUCAAAGGGACCGGUGUACCCAAGUAUUAUAUAAUCAAAUUUUAUUGUUAUUCUAGUUCUGAGAAACGGGUAUUUUAUUGAAGCUUCUCGUUGUUCAUUAGAAGUAAAGGGUCCAAGGAACUUGCAUAUUUACUUGUAGACUUGUGUUUGCCCAUGUUUCAGAUGCUAUAAAUGUUAUGGUCUACAUAAACACCGCAUAAUUUUGUCUUUCAAACGAAUUCGAUUGAGGUCAAAUAUGCAUUUGCCUGA